AUGACUUCCACUAACUAUGAGAUAUCAGAUGGUUAUGAUUCCAAUAAAUCUCCAGAGCAUUAUUUUACAUGUAUGAAUACUAUGAUCUUUGAAGAGGAUGCUUUGUUAUUUCCUAUUGAGAACCUUACAAAAACUUUGAAGGAGGGUCGCAUUAGUGGAGAUGUCAUCAUUAACCUCAGCGUCGCUUCCGUAGUUCAUCAUCUCUAUGCAGCCUGUGACUUCUUUAAACACCUCAUAGUGCUGGAGGUCAACGACAGGUGCACCAUUAAGCUGAAAAGAUGGCUAGACUCACGCACUGGAGUUAUUGGUGACCAGUUAAGCGAUAGAGAAGGAAAAGUGAGAUCGUCCCUUCAAAAUAUUGUGAAAUGUGACCCUGAAAAAGAAAACAUGACCGAUCCGAUAGUCUUACCACCAGCAGAUUGUAUCUUCAGCGCUUGGCUCCUAGAAGAGAUCAGCAAAGAUCAACAUGGUUACAUCAGAUAUUUACGAAAGUUCUCCAAGAUGCUGAAACCGGGAGGACACCUCAUAUUAAUUGGUGCUUUACGUAUGACAUAUUUUUUCGUGGGGAAAAACAAGUUCCGUAGUUUCAAAAAUUAUGAGGCUUUUAUCAGGAAAGCUCUAGCCGGAGAAGGUUUUGUUAUUGAUAAAUGUAAAAUUAAGAAGAGGACAACUGUCAGUGACCUAUCUGACUAUAAGGCCGUCAUCUUCAUUUCAGCUCACAAGGAGAAGUAG